UUGCCUUGACGUUGCUCCUCAUUCUCCCCAGCAUUAAAGCCUUUGGUUGGGGGAGAGAUCCUCCAGCGCUGUGGCACAACCACGGUUCGACUACAGGCUGUACUUUCAGACUGCUUGGAGUUGAGCAGGCAGUUAGGAGGGUCGACAGGAGGAUACUCAAAAAUAGCUGCCUCCUCCCCCCCGAAAUGCGAUUAGCUAUGACGGAUACUAACCGGAGGGGCUCUGCGUAAAGAUGAGGAUUCCUCCGCAAAAGCUCCAAGGAGGUGGAUUUAUGAAGAGGUGGGGCCCAUCCCAGUGCCACCUUGGAUUGUCAUCUUAGUGAGGAGAAAGGCAGAUAAGAUGACACCCGAGUGUAUUUUGUGUGUCCAGCUUGGUGCUGAUCAGGUUUUUUACCUGUAGCAGGAGGGUUUGAUACUUCAUUACAUCCUCAGGUGUGGGCGCUGGGCGCUCGCCAGACUGGGUGAAGUGAGAGCUGAGAGGGAAACCCGCUAAGAUAAAAACACCACCUGGGACUGCUGAGGAGGACCUCUGUGCAGGUUCACGCGGCCGUCGGCAGGGUGGAGCCUCCUGACCCAUGGAGAAUUACUUCCAGGCCGAGGCCUUCAACCUGGACAAGGUGCUGGACGAGUUUGAGCGGAACGAAGAUGAGACAGACAAUCCAAUUCUCUCAGAUGCCAAGUGGACCCAGAUCCUGGCCCCACCAGCCCACCUGCUCUCUCUGAACCCCGCCCUGGCCCACGCAGACCUCAGCCCCCGGGAGAGUCCGCUGCCCUUCAAGACCCUCCCCGACUCCUCCUCCUCCAGCGCCUCCCCGGGGGGCGACCCUAAAAGACACCCCGGUCCCGAACCUCCGUCCUGGGCAGAGGAGAGGCCGGCAGACGUCCACAGCCCGCCGCUCCCCCAGCCCAACAUCGGCAAACUGGUGGGCACAGACGACGCCUCGCCGCCCCCUGUGACGGCCUGUAGUGCUGUGGAGAACGGCUGCCCUGCCAGCCCGCAGCUAGAUGGGCUCAGCAAGGACAUACGUUCUCCUCCAGAUAACCAGCCUGCUGGUCCUGACCAGGAGGUGAAACCUCAUCAGGAGGAGGCGGCUCCAGCAGGAGGAGGAGGCGGCUCCACUCACACUCACUUUAACUUUGAGGUUGGGUUAGGACAGGAAGAAACUACGUCUCUGAAAAUUCAUCCGAAUGUGGAACCAACAACAGAAAAUGGGGAAAGUGUGAAAGAGGAGGUCAUUACAGCUUCUUUACAGGACAAAGGUCAAGAGAAACAGACUGCAAACUUAAAGGAGGAGCAAGUAGAAAGUCUCCCAAACAGGGGGAGAGACGUUCAGGCUGGUUGUGAGGUGGAGGAGAACGGUGUGUCUCCUCAUGACAGCGCUGGAGUGGAGGAAAACGAGAGGAGUCCAGAGGGACAGAUAGAUCAGCUCCUCAGAAUAACAAGCCUUCCUAAUGGUUUGGAGCAAGAGAACAGUAGCCAUCCCAAACCUAAAGAGACAGAAGAGAAGGAGGAGGAGGAGGGUUUUUCUCCCUCUCCUGUUCCCUCCAAAGAGGACUCUGUCACUGAGGAGAAAGAAAUGGAGGAAAGCAAGCAGGAGAACGGCGAAGGAGGAGGAGCAGUGGGGUCAGGUAGCAUCCAACCAAAACUCAACAACAGUCGGCUGCAGCCGGUCAGCGUUCCUUACGGAGGCGCACGACCGAAGCAGCCGGUCAGCCUCAAGCUCCAGAUCCCACAGCCGCCGUCGGGCCAGGUCCAAAAUCAGCUCGGGCCGGCCGCCGUCAGCAAGAACAAAAACCAGGAGAACCAGUGUCGGAGAGGCACGCCGCCUGAAACUACACUCAGCGGGACUGAUCCGAGUGCAGUCGGGGUGAACGGUGAUAGUGCCGUCCACUCUGCUCCCACGAUGCCCUCGGAGAGCCCCGACAACGACCUCCAGGCGGGUCAACAGGGCGCUCUGUGCAGGAAACCCGCCAGCUCCCUGGGAGAGGUCGCCCCUGUGUGGGUGCCCGACUCCCAGGCUCCUGUCUGUAUGAAAUGUGACGUCAAGUUCACCUUCACCAAGAGGAGGCACCACUGCAGGGCCUGUGGCAAGGUGUUCUGUGCGACGUGCUGCAGCCUGAAGUGCAGGCUCGUGUACAUGGACAGGAAGGAGGCUCGCGUCUGUGUCACCUGUCAUUCUGCUCUGACCAGUGUUACUGGAGCCUGCUUCUUUGUGUUCAGUGGUGCUUUGAAACCCUCGUCGGGCUACUUAGCCAAGACCAGCAUUGUGGAAGACGGUGUGAUGAUCCAGAUCACAGCGGAGACCAUGGACUCUCUACGGCAAGCCCUGAGGGACAUGAAGGACUUCACCGUCACGUGUGGUAAAGCCGACCAGGAGGAGAACCAGGAGCUCGUCCACAUCCAGUGGACGGAGGACGACCACAACUUCAACAAGGGCGUCAUCAGUCCGAUCGAUGGGAAGUCGAUGGAGUCCAUCACCAGCGUCAAGAUCUUCCACGGCUCAGAGUUCAAAGCCAACGGCAAAGUCAUCCGCUGGACUGAGGUGUUUUUCCUCCAGAGUGAAGAUCAACCCAACGGUCUGAGCGACCCGGCCGACCACAGCCGGCUGACGGAGAACGUGGCGAGAGCUUUCUGCAUGGCACUGUGUCCUCACCUGAAGCUGCUGAAGGAGGACGGGAUGGCCAAACUCGGACUGAGGGUCACACUGGACUCCGACCAGGUGGGCUACCUGGCGGGAAGCAACGGCCAGCCCCUCCUGCCUCAGUACCUGAGCGACCUGGACAGCGCUCUGAUCCCCGUCAUCCACGGCGGAGCGUGCCAGCUGAGCGAGGGCCCGGUGGUCAUGGAGCUGGUCUUCUACAUCCUGGAGAUCAUCUCCUAGGAGUCGUUGGAGCUUCAUCUUUUUUCUUUUUUUCAUCUCACAGCCCAGUCCUCCUCCGUCAUCUCCCUCCAACCGUUUGCACUUCGAAAGAGCCCGAAAAAAACUGUGCCGUGCCAGGCGGGGUAGCAUUCCUCAAGUCAAACCUAUGCAUCCAACCACCGUCGGCUCCAGAGGCCGCCUGGGGCCUGAGGAAGCUCCGAGCAGGAUCAUCUGUCACGGAGGUCUUCCUGUCUGACCCCAGUGGCGUUACAGCGGCUGUAACGGGAACUGACCUGCCUCGGAAAAGUCUUCAGGUUUCAUUGUUUUACAGCAUUGAAUCAAAGUAGAUUUGAUGAGGCUGUUUAAGAUCAACAGAAAACACCAACUGAUCUCUACAAAACGAUACAAGUUCUUUGUAAAUAACAGGAUAAUAAUAUUUAAUAAAGGACCUAAAUCGUACAUUUUUAUGAGGAAAUCAUCAGUCGCUUUCAUUUGCCCAAAGACUCCAACCUGAUGCCUUAAUUUACCCAGAAUGCAUAGCCAGUCCUUAUUAUAGUAACAUAAUCACCAACCAAACCGACGCCGCAUCGUUUUCUGAUCUGGAGCCAGAAAACCGUCCGUCCACUCGCCGCUCGAGCAGUUGCUGCAGUCCGUCCUCACAGGAGGUGAUUACUUCAUUUUUAAGUAUUUUAGAUCAAUUUGUAGAGAUCAGUUUCCACUCCAGUGUGUGACAUUAAGGAGGAGCUACUGGGAGAAUAUAAUGUUCACAGGUGUGUUUUCAUUAGUGUGUAAUCACCUGAAGAUAAGAACCUUUGAAUGAGCUGUUUCUCUUGUUGAACCACCGUGUUUCUACGGCAGCCCAGAAGGGA